CGUAGUGUUUGCAGUGGCGAAGCGUUGUGCGUCGAAAUAGUUUCACUUAUUAAGUAUGCGCAUAUCCUACGAUAAUAAAAUCGUUGAAUUGGUUCUUGAUGUAUCUAUAGAGUGUUUUAGCCAUCAGCAAGAGUCGGUGCAGAAAUUGUUGGUCAGGAGACUUUAUUUUACUGAUCGCGGUGUGUUGUGAGAAGGUUUUCGAAACUGAACUCAAUAUUGUUAAAUUAUUGCGCGUCGACUUUCCUACUUUUGAUAUAAAUUGCAACAAUGUCGACGGGAAAACGAAUCGCGAAACGGUCAAUUAUAGGCACACGCGUGUGCGCUCCGGGCGAGGACGGCAAAUAUUACUCCGGCGUCAUUCAGGCGGUUAAAACUCCGGCAAGUGUGGAAAAUAACAACUGCAUCAAUCUCACUCCCAAUACGCGGUAUACCGUGCGGUUCGACUCUCGACAAGGCACCCUCGGUCGUACUUCGGCGGAAUUUCUGGAAUCGGAACUGAUCGGGCCCGGAUUUCAAUCGGUUUUGGGAGCCGAACUCGUCCCGCAACAAAAAUGUUUCGUUACAUUUAACGGGCGCGAAAUUAGUGGCGAAGUAUUGAAACAUCAUAUUGAGACAGACGAAGUCAUCAUUAGGAUCCACCCGAUCGGUACAGAGGCGCCAUUCGAGGUGCAGAAGAAAUUGGAAGAGGUGCGUUUAUUGGAAUCGCGCAAAUCCGCCCGUCUUGCCGACCAAGAUACCGAUUUCGCUCGUUUGGCAGACAUGGCCGGUGACAGAAAAAGAACUGCUUCCCACACCAUCGACGUUCCUGUUCCUUCUCAAUAUGGAUCUCGUAAACGAAGACCUAGCAAUAGUCAAGACGACAAUCCUCACUCAAAAACGGCCAUGGAUGAAUGCAGUGCCGCUUUAGUUCUCAUGAGCCUGUCCUGUUCGCCACAAAGUGCCUUCCUUCUUGGUACGUCGCCAGGCAGUAGCAGCAGCAGUUCCGCGUCCUUCAGAUCUACACCCUCGCCACCUCCGAGUUCCAAUUCGCCGGUUUCCGAUGAAGGAAUCGUAAUGGACUAUUGCAUCGAAGAUCAACCACGUAAAAAGAAGAAUAUCACCCGCGUUGUUUUCCAGUGCACAUUUCGAGGUUGCACCAAGUCUUCCAACACCUGUGAAGAUAUAGAAAGCCAUGUUAGGACCGAACACAAUGUUUCCCCAAGAGAAGAAGAAUUCUAUUACACCGAAAUCGAGCUGGGACUUACCAGUCCUCCACCGACACUAUCUCACAGAGAUAUGGCCCGUCCACCUCACGAAGACCCCGAUUACCAAAGACAGUUGGUUGGAACUAUGAGGCAAAAUCUGGCAUUCGGUCCAAUGUCCAUCCCGCAGUCCCCACACAAACUCCUGAAGCUUUCGCCAAGACCCCACAGUCCUAAAAUGCCGAUAUCACCUCGCCGGGUACGCGGGGAGAACAAAAAGUGUCGCAAAAUAUACGGAAUGGAUCACAGGGAACAAUGGUGUACGCAGUGCAAAUGGAAGAAGGCGUGCUCCCGUUUCGGAGACUGACUUCAGCUUAGGGUCAUGCGUCCAUAGACACUCGGAAGUGCUUUAUGUGUUCUUGAAAAUUACGGGGUUGUUCUGAAUCGACUGCCUCUGAUCUCAAUCACUUUGCUAAAGUACAAUAAACUUUUGAGUCGCAAUCACGAUUUUGUAAACCGAGAAUAAUUGAGCUAGCCUGUGUUGUGAAACUCAGAUUAUUUUGGCCAGGAGUUAACGGCAUUACAUUACAAUUUUCGAUUAGGUAUUGAUAAAAUUUACCAUAUGACAUGUGUAAGAGUAUAUCAUGUGAUAUCCACGUGUUCAUAGUCUUAGGAGUCACCAGGAUACUCUUAUACUUGCGCUGGUGAUUUUACACAGUUUUGACAUUUACUGUACCUCACAAAACAGCAACGCUGGUAAAUAAAACAAUCAUUUGUGGUACUCUAUAUGAUACUUUGAGAAAACGGACGAAAAUUUUAAUCGCUAAGGCCUGAUCGACUAACACGGGUUUCAAAUAUGAGACUAAAACACACAGUUCUGGAUCAUUUCAGACAAAUUUUUGGAAAUAAUCGAGUAUUUUUUGGAACAAAAUUGAAUUUUUUUUGCCAGCUUGAAUUAUACUGAAAUUACAUUUCAUCGGACAAAGCUUAAUAGGUUUGUAUGAUAUUUAUUUUUACUUGUAUUAAGUGAUUAAUUUAAAAAAACUCUUGGCUGCUCUGAGUAUAAACUGACUGGACAAGAAUUUUUAUAUAAAAGCAAUCAUUUUGUAUUAAUGUAGCUAUUUUUAUGGUGUUUAUUAUUGUGGUGUGUUUGUUUGUUAGUCAUGUAAAUGUUGUAGUUAUUGUUGCAAAAUGUAUGAAAUUAUUUUAUAUAAAUGUUGAGUUCUUCUCCUAUUUAUCUACACGAAAGAAAUCGACAAAAUAAAUAUAUUAACAGACGAUCUCUGAUAAGUGAAAACUUUGCGUUACCAUAUAUCUUUGUUGUAAACGUAUAUAUUCACAUCUUAAUCCUGUCUUACACAUGUAAAACUUUUUUUCGGACCCGCCUCAAGGGCAACUUUGAGUAUUCUAAAACAUUAACUUAUGUUCUCAAAUUGCUUUGUGAAGUUCUUCGUGUAUUUAUGCAUUAAUGCAUCAAGUCAAGUUUUACGGUACAGUUUUACGUAAAUACGAUAUAGAGAAUCGAUCAAUAGUUUUUGGUCAGAUUAUUUUCAAUUUAUUA